AUGAAUAUCAUCAUUACUAAUGUUAUAUCAUUCUUAUCAUGUAUCAUUUGCGCAAUAUCGAUCAUAGUUACUGUCUACCUCAAUAACGCACAGUUAUUCGCAGAGUUAUACGCAGCACCUCUUAGUGCUGUUUAUUGCUCUUAUGCAAUCUUUUCAUUUACUUCUUGCAUCGGAAUCGUCGGUUUCUUUGUUGCCAAAAAUACAAUUUUAUCAUCGUACAUUUCCUAUAUGGUCUUUUCAGCGAUUUUACUUUUCAUUGCUUGCAUUAUGAAUAGUUCUCAUACUAAAUUGAUGCGUUUACAACUUAAGUUUCUUUACUCAAAUGAAUCAUACGAUUCAGCCAGAAAAAACGUCGAAAAUAAUCUCUCAUGCUGUGGAUACUCAACAGCAUCCGAUAAAAUACAUUGCAAUAAUUCGUUUGUAGAAUUUUGCGAUACAGUUGCUGAAAAGAAAUAUAAAAGCAAACUUCUAACCAUCCAAGUUCUGAAUUAUUUUCUCUUAAUUGCAGUUAUGGCCACAAUUGUCGAAAUAAUAUAUAAGACUAUUCGUUCUCGUGCCGAUAACUCAAUUUCAGAUAGUGCAUUUUUAUCUCGUUUUAUUACUGUUACGUAA